UGUAAUGAGGCAAAACUCCCUGGAAGAGAAGCGACACUCGCGCUAUACGUCUGCGGGGUUGACUACUGAACCAUCCAAUGGGACCGGAAUCGCAGAGCAAACAGGUCGGGAACCAGGUUCCACGCAACAAUUGCGCAAACGCACAAAUUCGUGGCAAACAAUCGGAAAGUCGCAGGCACUCACCAGCCAAGGCACAGAGAAUUCGCCUAUUACCGUGUACAAGAAGAGCGUGGAAUCUAUAAUCGCGACUCCAAAUAUGCGCCCGCGUCUAUCCAAUCGCAAGGAAGAUUCACAAGACUUGCUGCGAAAACUCGCAAGGCUGUCAAGCACGCCCAGUCCUGGUCGGGCAUCUAAAAAUCAAACGCAUAACGCCUCCACUGCUAUUGCGACCAGAGGCAUCGGGCAAUCGAUGGGUGAAAAGUCCGUAGCAGCAGGAGAACCCUCCACUGGAACCAACCGACCUGAGGAGAGCACGAAAGCUCCACAGGUCAGCCAGUCUGAAGCUGAAAGUCGCAAGGAACCUCUCAAUUUGCCCGAAAACACGUCACGGGAACAAGUCUAUACUCGGAAUAGUGCUAGGCCUCAGUCAAGCCGAAUUUCGUCGCAGGAACUCAAGACAGAACCCGUUGCCAGUACGCCGGUCCCAACAGAGCGAACUUUACUCAAUCCUAAAACACCUGUAGUGACUGGGGCUUGGGUAGAUACGCCGCGGACAGCUACCGUGCUUAAGAAACCAACAGAAGCUCCGUCUGACUUAACCAAACCGGAUAGAAUGGGCAGCCCGAGGAAAAUCUUGAAGAAAGAAAAAACAGAAGAUUCAGCCGACGAAAAACCACAAGUUCUACAGCCAGAGGUAAUCAGACCCAAACUUCCCGACUCUGCUUUGCAAUCCAUCAUCGAAAAGGCGCGAGCCAAUGGACAAAAGCGUUCCUCUGAUUUCGGCGAUUCCACCAUCAACUCCCUAGAAGAGCUAAUCGCCGACCAUACCAUUACCUCUGAAGCCGAAGACGACAUCCCCCCGGACUACCAAAAGCCCACCGGCGACCCCAGAAACGAAGCCGAUCGCGGCCGCCGAGAUGAAUGGGAACACCUCCACAGCUUGGAUAACCGGCUACAAUCAACAAGCAUCAGUGUGCGGCGCGCCAGUAACGGCAUUGGCAAGAUCGAACGACAGUUUGAGCGUCGGUUGAAGCACCAUGAAGAGGCGGGGGCAGGUGGACAAACACGCGCCACUUCUAAUACGUGUACUUGCCUCCACCACGGCGAGCGUGCGCCCGAACCAGCUAAACGAUGGACGUUCUGGAAGGGUUUGAAGAGCCUCUUCUACGAUGAAAACCUAAAGAGGACGAGUAAACGAGGGUGGGGCUUAACAGGGUUAAGCAUCGUGCUAUUGACAUUUCUAACGUGGUUUAUUGCGGAAAAUCUUGCUUGCGACGCCUUCUGCAACCCCGUCUACGCAACCUCAAUGAAAGGCUACGGCGUCAUUUACGGCGCCCCCAAAUUCCCCUUCGUCCUCCCAACAAUCACCUACCGCGCCCUCAUCCGUCCCUGGUGGCGCCCUCUCUACUCCUUACUCCUCCUCCCGCUUUGGAACUACAUCUCUGGCUUGGACGAUGAGCGGGCGGCAGCGGCGGCUACUAGAAAAGUCGGCGCGGCUACGCGCGUUGGCGCGAGUUUUACGACACACACGGUGGCUGCGGCGAGGAGGGUUUUUGAAGAGGACGGGGUUGUUGGUAUGGGCGGGGAUGAGGUUUUGCGGUGA